AUGAAGAACCAUACAAAGCAGAUAGAGUUUAUCCUUCUGGGACUGACAGAUAAUUCUCAGUUACAGAUUGUAAUUUUUUUAUUUCUACUUCUGAAUUACAUGAUGAGCAUGAUAGGAAACUUAACCAUUAUUGUCCUCUCACUAGUGGAUUCCCGUCUCAAGAUCCCAAUGUAUUUCUUCCUCCAAAAUUUCUCUUUUCUGGAAAUUUCAUUCACAAGUGCUUGCAUCCCCAGAUUCUUAAACAGCAUUGUAAACAAGGAAAAGACCAUUUCUUAUAAUGGUUGUAUGUCUCAGUUAUUUUUUUACAUAUUUUUGGGGGUUACCGAGUUUUUCCUGUUGGCAGCUAUGUCUUAUGACCGCUAUGUUGCCAUCUGCAAACCUUUGCAUUACACAUCCAUCAUGAGCAGCAAGGUUUGUCAUCGGCUUGUACUCAUUUCUUGGGCAACUGCGUUUUUAGUCCUUUUCCCACCAUUGAUUUUGGUUCUUAACCUGGAUUUCUGUGCUUCAAAUAUCAUUGAUCAUUUCAUUUGUGACAUUUCUCCUGUCCUGCAACUUUCUUGCUCAGACACACAUUUACUAGAACUGAUUACUUUUUUCUUAGCUGUGACUACCCUCAUUUUCACAUUGUUAUUAAUAAUCCUUUCUUAUUCUUACAUCAUCAAGACAAUCCUAAAAUUCCCUUCAGUUCAGCAAAAGAAGAAAGCUUUUUCUACCUGCUCUUCUCACAUGAUUGUUAUAUCCAUCACUUAUGGUAGUUGUAUAUUUAUCUACAUAAAACCACCAGCAAAUAAAAGAAUCGCUUUAGGCAAAGGAGUAGCAGUGCUCAAUACUUCAGUUGCUCCUUUGUUGAACCCAUUCAUUUAUACUCUAAGGAACCAGCAAGUUAAACAAGCCUUCAAAAAGGUAUUUAGAAAGAUACUUUAUGUUUUAGACAAGUAA